CCCCUGAGUCAUUGUCAGAGUUACAAGUUACUGAGGUUGCAGGAGGUACCUUUAGAUCGGGCACCUACACCAAUCUCCCUAGGGACCUCAGGUAGCUUAGGUAUCUGCAUAUUGAGUACAAGGAACACCUUAGGAGGUACCUGCUACUGAUACCUACUGGCACCUGUACCUCUACCUCAGGCGCUUGGUGUAGGUAGGUACCUAAUGACCUACCUAUAUGUGAGGUAGUCAGGGCAAGUCCAAACUCAAAUGCCACGCUCUCAAAAGGAAGGGACGGCAAGAGGAAAAAGAAAAGACGGUGGGAGGGGGAAAACGCAUUUACGCCCGGAUACCUCAAAUCGCUUACCACCUCCCAGCGGCAUAUAUCCAUUCUGGCAUGGAACCAUCGGUAUGUUACCACGCGCGGUGCGAGAUGUCACCAAGGCCUUCCGGUUAGCCACCCUCUGCCCGAGACUCUCGACAAACCUACCGAGCCUCAUCCUCUCCCCGGUUGCCUCGAGCUCGACAGAUGGCUAUGGCGACCCGAGGACAACGCCAACACGUAGACGGUUGUCGCAUUCUGCGAAAUGGCGGCCGGUACGGGUGUUAGACGAAUGGGUGGCAAAGGAAGCCCGCCCGAUCAGCCUGCGACAGCUGAUGGUAUUCGGCCGGUCGCUGACCGAGGCGCGACUGAUCAGCUCGGCAAACUACGUUCGAACCGAGCUGCCAACCAGGAUCGCUCACCGGAUCCGCGACAUGCAGCGUCUGCCCUACGUUGUCGUUACAAACCCGCACAUCAGCGACGUGUACGAGCUCUACUAUAACGCCUUCGACACCUUCCGGCGCAUCAAGGAGGUCAAGACACUCGAGGACAACGAACGUCUGUGCAAGGAGAUCUUCCGGAUGCUGCGCGCGCACCUGACUGUGAUCCCUAAGUUGUCCAUGGGUAUUCUCGAAUGUAGCGGCCUGAUGCCCGCUGCUGAGCUUGACCACUUCAUGAAUACCAUCUUACGAUCCCGAAUAUCUCGUAGAGUUAUUGCAGAGCAGCAUCUGGCUCUGACCGAAACCUUCAACUCGCAUUGGUUCUCGCCUGGAGCCAAGCUCUCCGAAUCCGAGUUCAUUGGCGAGGUUUUCAUUAGGUGUGUGGCUAAGGACGUGAUCGAACACUGCGCCAAAGCUGUACAGGGCCUUGCCCGAUCCGCCAACGGACCGAACACGAAGGUACCCGAGAUCAGGAUCAACGGGCAUCUAGAUGCCUCCUUCCCGUACAUUCUGAGCCACCUCGAGUACAUCAUCGGUGAGCUCCUCCGAAAUUCAGUCCAGGCCGUCAUAGAGAAGUACCAAGAGGGCACCGCACUACCGGCGCCCAUCGAGGUGACGGUGUGUGAGGCGCAACAGCACGUCAUCAUCCGCAUCUCGGACCAAGGGGGCGGUAUCCCACGCGAUAUUCUGCCGUACCUUUGGUCGUUCGGCAAAGGGCCCCUCAAGAACCAGCAUCUCGCCAACCUUGAGCAGGUGCCCCUUAUGGCCGCCACGCUGCAGGAGCUCCGGGCCGACGACGGCCGUCAUCAUAGCGAGAACGCUAGUAGCAGCAGCAGCAGCAAGGACCCCUCAGACCCGAAGGUCGAGAGCGCCACCUUGCCCUAUUCGGGCGGCGGUAGCGGUCACGAGAGUUCGCUCUCGUCACUGUCCACGCGCCCGCCAAACCUUCGGCUCGGUAUGGGCCUGCCUCUCAGCCGCGUCUACGCGGAGUACUGGGCCGGCAGCCUCGAGCUGCACAGCCUCGAGGGAUACGGCGUCGACGCUUUUCUGCAGAUCUCCAAGCUCGGCAAUAAGAACGAGCAGCUGACCACCCGCGCCGCCAUGGACGCCGUCUGACCCAGUGGAGACCACUUUCAAAGAAAAGAAUAUCGAACGAAAAGAGAGGGCGGGGAUGAGAAAAUGGACGAGGGGUAGGUAGGCGGGCAGGGAAUCAUACCCUAUCCUCUCCUUUGAGUCUCCUUCUUCCACUUCUCUCUAGCCAUUUUACCGAUCCCGCUUGGGGACACCCGUAUAUCGGAUACGCAGGCCUCCUUACAUAUAAAGAAACUAAGGAGGAAGAGGGAAGAGCUCACUUAUGUUUUAUGUGCCCAGGCAGUAGUGUGAGACGGGGGGAGGUGAAAGCAUACCUUGAUUCACCUCAUUAAUUACGACAUCUGUCUAUGACGUUGUCGAGCGAUUCCGGGGGGGGGAUACAGGGUAGCGCUCAUGUAACGGGCUGUGUAGCUGGCGAACAUGAGUUGGACAACUUCCCUUCCUUCUUUUGAAGGAAUAGCAGCGCACCCCCUUCUUCUCUUCCUCUCCAAUAGCCGCAGAGAGGAGACAGCGUCGGCGGUGGCGUGAAUAAUGGUAUCGUGAGAAACUGGAAUUAACAGUCGCUAAGAGCUAAAUAAUAAUAAAAAAGA